AUGCUUACGGAUCGAGGUAGGCGGAUUUCUAUCUGCAAUGGAACUCUUGAAUAUAGCAACAGAAAAUUCCGUUUUGAUAAUAAUAAUAAUGGCUACCGAUUCGUCAAUCGAUCGGAAAGGUGCCGCGAUUGGAGUCCUUCCCGGUCAUCUCCUACCAGAAUCCUCCGUAUCUCUUCACCAACCUCGUCUCCUCCGUCGUCGACUUCUCCCGUCUCCCUGAAUUGCUCCUACACUACCGGCGUUGGCUAUAUCGAACAUCGUGUCUCCAAGUUCGAUACUCUCGCCGGAAUUGCCAUAAGGUAUGGCGUUGAGGUUGCAGAUAUCACGAAGCUGAAUGGUCUUGUAACCGAUCUUCAGAUGUUUGCUCUCAAGUCUCUCCGCAUACCAUUACCUGGGAGACAUCCUCCUUCUCCAUGCUUAUCUAACGGCUCCUUGAAUCAUGGAGAGGAUGAGGGUUCUGAGAAAGCUACAUCACCAGCAAGCAAUGGCAACCAUCAAGACGUAUUUGACUCCUUCCAGUCUUUGAGGUUGAAGCCUUCAGAAAAGAAGGUUUCUCCAGCCAUGGAUUCCUUGCAAGGUUAUUAUGGACUGAAGCCAAGAAACCGAAGAGAUUCUGAAGGUUUUGAGAUGGCAGUUUACAAGAAAGAAUCGUCGUGUCCCCAAGACGAUGUUCAGUACCUCACACCCUUCCCAAUCACCAAUACUCCCUUAAACCACCACAGAAAAUCGAGAAGCUUGGUAGAUGCAGUUAUCGCCGAAGUCAAGCAAUCCUCCAACCAUUCAAAGGCAGGAGAAGUGAAUUCUGAUAAGCCAACAAGAAGACGCGAAAAAUCUGAAGCUGACUUCACUUCGCGAGCCCCAGAAUUGCUUUUAAAAGAAGAGAACAGAAGCAGGACUGGCGGGUUUUCUGCAAUUGCCGGGAAAGGUUUAGCUCUGAGAUCGAAAGCAGCAAGCAAAACUAAUUUAUCAGCAGAUACCGGGAUGGGUAAUUCCAAUCCCGUACCAAUCAAUUUGAUGGAUGCUCCUGCGGGAGAUAGCUUCUCAAGCGUGAGGAAAUCGUUUAGCGCCUCUAGUCUACAAGAACCGGACUGUAACAGCAAUGGUUCAUCGUUGUGGCCAACCUCGAAAUGGACACUGACACCUGAUUUGCUCACACAAGCAGCCAUGGCGAGUUCUAUUUUUGAUGGAAUGCCUAAGCCUUUAUUAACUGGUCGAAGAAACAAAAAGGCUUUGGACUAA